AUGGCUUCCGCUAAAGAGUACAAGGUUGUGUUGGCCGGUCAGUUCGGCACGGGCAAGACCACAUUUGCCACCCGCGUCAGGUCGGCCAAGUCGAACAAGAAGGAGAUCAAGGCGCUCAAGACGACGCAGUAUCCGGUCAAGCUGCACACUUCAGCUGGCCAGGUCUUGCUCAACCUUUUCGAUACCAACCUGCACGCCAAGGGUGGACUGCCAGACGACGGCUUCUUCCGCACCGCCGACGCCGCCAUCGUGUUCUUCGACCUGACGAAAGAGGACAGCUACACGGCCAUGGAGGACUGGUACGAUGCUGUUAUCAAGGCCAACGGACGCAGAGGUAGCGAGCCGCUCCCCAUCGUCGUUGUUGGUACGAAGGCGGAUGACAUCAAGGGCCGAGAACUCAAACCAGAAGCAAUCGAAUUCCCUCGCAAGAAGGAGCAUCCGUAUCGCGAGAUCUCUGCCGAUGCCAACUACGGUGUCAAGGAGCUUCUGCUCGAUGUCUGCAAGGGUCUGCUUGGCGACUCGGUCCAGCUAACCGACGCUGUGGACUUGGAGAAGCCCAAGAUCGACAAGAUCGACGAGGAGCAGCUCGAGAAGCUUUUCAGCGAGUACGAGAAGGCUGCCUCCCAUUGA